AUGUUUACUGAGAACGAGAGAGUUCUCAGUAGUUCAUCUAUGGACGAGAGUGUCCUGGAUGAAAAGACACGAGUUGAGCGAUAUGACUCCCAAUCAUGGGAAUCGCUCAAGAAAAAUCCUCUCGAUGAAGAUUUGGUUAAAUUCAAGGAUGUAUUCCCUGAAACUGUUCCGUGCGAAUUACCGAAGGAUGAAGGUAUUCGACACGAGGUCCAGCUUAAACCAGGCUCGAAGUACUGUGUCAUGAAGCAGUGGCCACUGCCUCGUGAACAAGUACUUGCGAUCGACAAGUUCUUUGCCGAUCGUUUAGCUGCGGGCCAUGUGAGGGAAUCAACUUCCCCACAUAGCUCUCCGAUCUUCUGUGUGCGAAAAGCAACAGGAGGGUGGCGGAUAGUGCAUGCAUUUAACAAAUUGAACGCUGCAACGGUACCGGCUCAGACGCCGAUACCGAGGAAGGACGUAAUCAUUGAUGGUAUGUCAAAGAGUACCAUCUUUUCGUCCAUGGAUUUGAUGGAUGGCUUCUAUUAA